AUGCGGUUGUCCGGCAUCCAAUCCACUCGUCUUUCACUCCAUGUGCCCCGGCGAAUCCGUAAUAUUCCCGCCCAGGAUGCCGACGUUGUUCCCAACAGCCUUCGAAAAACCCUAGAGGCGCAUCGCUCCUCGAAUCGGGCCCGUCUAAUCCGCAAAAUAUACCCCCGUACCCCGGCUGCCGGACUUUUUCGCCCUUGGAUUCCACUUGAAAAUCGCGCAGGUUAUUCUCCCCCAGAGCCUAAACACUCCGUGUCAGAUGAGUCAGAAGUCAAGAAGCCCGGCAAAAAGCGUGCUCGUACUCGCAUUCUCGAAACGAAACCUCAAGGACCAGAGAAUCACAUCAUAAAUGCAAUUCGAAGCGCAGACCAAAGCACACCGGCGCAAAAUCCGUGGGUUAGUUUUCUGGCUCCAGUCAAGCUCGCUGGCGAUGCAGCUGUUCAUCUGGAUGCGGAGAUCCAGGCCCUGGACCGCUAUCUGGCCCCGAGUUUGAGCGAACAGAAGCAGAUCACCCAGGUGAGCGCAGAGAUCAAAUCUCUGCUUGAGCCAGUCGCUCCGCAAUUACCACAGAUCAUCGGUUCCCAUUACACAGGUCUUGCGCUGGCGCAUUCUGACCUCAACUUCCUUCUACCUUUCGAGGACCUCCCACGGUCUCGACACAACCCACGAGGGCCAAGCGCCACAAGACCAAAGAUUCGAGAUGCACAUGUCAGCCUGCUGCGCCAGGUGGAAUUCACGUUGCAGAGUAGUCCUAUAUUUACCGGCCAGGUCCACUGGUCCACAAAGAGUAGACCUGUCCUCGAGGCCCGGCACCAGCCAACGGGCCUGCUACUCCGCUUCCACUGCGGCGAAAGAGUCCCGGCCACCACAAGGUAUAUCCGCGAUUAUCUAGUCGAACGCCCCGCCCUUCGUCUCCUAUACACUGGGGUGCGAGCGUUGCUAGAGCCCCGCGGUCUCUUCGGAUCUGCACGAGCAAGCAUCACGCCUGAAGCUCUGGUGAUGUUGAUAGUCGCUUUCCUCGAGAUGAACCACGGCCGCUAUUCCGAGCCUCAUCCCCUGGGUAACCAAUUCCUGGAUCUUCUGCGGCUCUAUGGCACUGAUAUCAAUCUCCAGUCUGUGGGCGUAGCGGUCAACCCCCCGGGCUUCUUCGGCGCUGAAAUUCUACGCUUUGCUACUGGAGAAGAUGCCGAGCCAGCGUAUCGCCGUGGUCAACGGUCGCUGAUAAGCGCGAAGCGCACUGCUGCCGCCAAAGGAAAUUUGCCAGUGGAUCGAAGACUCUGUAUUCAAGACCCAACUCAAUUCAUGAAUGAUCUGGGUCGUUCGUGUAUUCGCACGCCUGAGCUGCAGAAUGCCUUGACUGUGGCACAUCAGCGGCUUAGUCACGCGUGCGAUACUUGGGAGGGUUCGGAAAGAAAUAGCUCGAUUCUGACAACUGCCCUUCAAGCCAAUUUUGAUGAAUUGGAUAAAAUCCGGGGGCAGGUUGUACGCCAAAUGGAUUAG